ACCGGGGUCCCCUCACGGCGGCAGAGCCGGGCCGGAGACCCACACCAGUCCGCGCGGCACCUGCCGGCGCCCGAUGGAGACGCAGCUACUUGGAGGAGCAUCGAGCGGAGGACCGACUUCAGAGACCCCCCCUCCGGCUUUCCUGAGGCUCCCGCGCCAUCCUCCCAGGAAAGUGGGGCGAAGGUGCUGGCGCCCCAGGAGACGCGCCCCCUCUUCUCCCUCCCUGCGGCGCGGUGACUCAGCCUCGCUGCCCGGCCGGCUGAGCGGGGGCGCAGGCGAGAGACGGACGCCCACCCCCGCCUCCCGGGCCCUCCUGGGACCCCGCGCCCCGCAGGGCUCCGGGCGCCCCUCCCCGACCGGUCCCGUCCAGCGGGUCCCGCGGCGCCCACGACUUCCCGCCUCUGCGAGCGGAGCUGUCCUCUCAGGACCGGGGGGCGGGGCCUCGCCAGGGGCCGCCCCGCCCCCACGCCCCCCCCCGGCGCCGGAAGUGCCCCCGCUGGGACAUCUUUGACGUCACGGCCCUCUGACGUCAGCGGCCGCGUGCCUGUCCGCGAGCGCUGGGCGGAGCAGGGCGGGAGACGCGGGGGAGGCGGAGCAGCAGCGCCCCCAGCCGGGGCGACCGGGGCACCCCGCCCGGACAGCGCGCCGGCACCUUGGCUCUAGACUGCUUACUGCCCGGGCCGCCCUCAGUAACAGUCUCCAGUCACGGCCACCGACGCCUGGC